AUCAAUGAAAACAAAUAAAUUGAUAAAUCUACCAUUAAAACUUGUGUCUAUAUAUAUUUGAAGAAUUCAUUGUGAUAAUGGCCCAGAAUAUUGUAAAGAAUUUAUUGAGGCGUAAAGAAUUUUCGAUACCAUUUUGUCCAACAAUAAGAAAUACAUCCCGAGGCAAUCCGGCUUUGAAGCAAUUGGUCCGGUCGACAGUAUCAUUUCAUCAUGUUUUGCAAAAAUAUUCAAACUCAACCUCUAAAAGAACAUUGGAACAGAACCGUUUGUAUAGUAAAAAUCGUUUUUACUCUGUAAAUGCAGCUCAAAAAACGGACCAAGAUUAUAUAAAUGAACACAAAAUAACUAUCAUUGGUGAGGAUGUACCAAAACCGUACAGAGAUAUUGAUGUUAGUGGAUUUCCAGAUUAUAUAAAGUCCUUUUUAAAAGAGCAAGGUUUCACAAGUCCAACAGUUAUUCAAUCCCAAGCUUGGCCCAUAGCAUUAAAGGGUGACAAUUUUGUUGGUAUUGCCCAGACUGGUACUGGUAAGACACUGGCAUAUCUUUUACCUGCUGUGGUACAUAUAAAAGAAGCACAAGCAAGACGAGGCAGGGGGCCAAGGGUACUUGUUUUAGCACCAACUAGAGAACUAGCCAGACAAAUUGAGGAGGUUGCUAAAGAGUUUCAGAAAUCCUUAAAUAUUCGUUGUUUGUGUAUAUAUGGAGGAGUUAGUAGAUCAAGACAAGCAGAUGAGCUACAGUAUGGUGUUGAUAUAUUAAUAGCUACUCCUGGAAGACUAAAUGACUUUAUUGAUAGUAAAGUAACAAAUCUUUCAAGAUGUGGUUAUGUUGUUUUGGAUGAAGCUGACAGAAUGUUGGAUAUGGGUUUUGAACCACAGAUAAGAAAAGCCUUGGAAGGUGUUCCUUAUGAAAGACAAAUUUUAAUGUUUUCUGCUACAUGGCCAAAAGAGGUGCAGCAUUUGGCUAAGGAUUAUCUAGGCAAAUUUGUACAAGUAAAUGUGGGAUCAACUGAUUUAACAGCAAAUCACAAUAUCACACAACAUAUUCAUGUAGUUCAACAGCAUGAAAAAAUGGAUAAGUUGAAAGAGAUUAUGCAUGAUAUAUCUGGCCAAGGAUGUGGAAAAAUAUUGGUAUUUACCAAUACAAAAAGAUUUGUUGACAGUCUCACUCUUACCCUGCGUAGAAACAAGUGGUCUGCUGUUGGAAUUCAUGGUGAUAAGUCACAAAUGCAAAGAGACAAUAUAAUAAACAAAUUCAGAAGUGGUGGCACAAAUAUAUUGGUUGCAACAGAUGUUGCAGCGAGAGGAUUAGAUGUCGAUGGCAUAACACAUGUUAUAAAUUUCGAUUUUCCGAAUACCACAGAGGACUAUAUUCAUAGGAUUGGACGCACGGGAAGAUCACAAAAUAAAGGUGUAUCCCAUACAAUACUCUCAGAUGAGGACGGCCGACAAGCAAAGAGCUUAAUAGCUGUGUUGAAAGAAGCCAAUCAGGAAAUACCACAAGAAUUGGAGCUUCUGGCAAGAGAUCAUGAUAACACAAAAAACAUUGACCGAAGAAGAAACCCAAAGGGCAACCAAAAGGGAUAUAACUUUAGAAGGAAUAAUAAUAACUAUAGAAGCAGUAAUAAGAGAUGGCAAUCAUAUGAUAGAAAUGAUUAUUAUUAGAACUAGGUUAUUAUUAUAGCUUAUUUGCUUGUAUUUAGUUUUAGGAUUUCCAUAGUUAAAUAAAAAAUUUGAAAUAUA